AAAAUACACCUUAUGUCAAACCGGCAAAACAAAACGCAGCUUGGCCGUCAUCUUUCUUUCCUCUUGACAUUUUGUUCAAGGAGAACGUAUACCAUUUCGGCUUAACACGUUUCGUGUCUUUACGACUUAAAAAAUGCGUUACGUGGCCGCGUAUUUACUCGCUGAGCUGGGCGGCAAGGCCAACCCGGCCGCGUCAGACCUGGAAAAAAUCCUGAGCUCCGUCGGCAUUGAGGCUGAUGCUGAGAAGCUGAAGAAGGUCAUUGCCGAGCUCGCUGGCAAGAGCAUCGAGGAGCUGAUCGCCGCUGUUCUAUCCGGGGUUCCGCCCCCGCCCUUGCUCGUCCCCACUAACGCCCCGCGCGCGCAGGCCGCGAGAAGCUGUCGUCGAUGCCGUCGGGCGCCGCCGCGCCGGCCGCCGCCGCCGCCGCGCCCGCUGCCGCCGCCGCAGCAGAGAAGAAGGAAGAGAAGGAGACCAAGAAGGAGGAGUCCGAAUCAGAAGAUGAGGAUAUGGGCUUCGGUCUCUUUGACUAAAUGCAUUUUGCAGAUGCGGCACGCGCAGUCGUUAUUCCAAGUAUGGUGUAAGCGUAACUUGACUGCAAGUAUGUUUCUAUGAAAUAUAUCUUGCAAAACA